AUGCACAUUACCAUCGCAGCCUGUCUCUUCACCCUCAUUGUGCCCUCUCUAGGCCACGACGUCCAAUUCUAUACCGGCAUCCAAUGCCGAGGCGAACGUCUCGGUGGAGCAGUUGGCUUGACGCCAGAUGAUGGUUGUCAGGACGGCAGCCUAUACAGCACCAACGCCCAAUCAGUCUACAUUGCCCAGGGAGAUGCAGAGGAAGACCUCAUAAUCGCCUUCUACAAGGGCGAUAACUAUCCUCUCGAGAACGCAGUCGCAAAAGGCAAUGGCGGUGCGUGUCUUAGCGUCGGUGGUGCCUACCAGCAGUUCGGUUCCUACAAAGCUGUUCCCAUCAUCCCGCGCAGCAAGCCUUUAGACUUCCAGCAUGGGGCUUUGUUCGAGGAUGAGAAUGGUAUAGCAGAGAACGCUUUUAGAGGCGUUCGUGCAGAGCAAUGGUCUUCCACCAUGCGUAUUGCCAACACGCAGCCUCUGCUUGGACUCGACGACACGCACACCGUCAAAGUCGCAGAAGUCCCCAUAAUAACUCAGGCUACAACGCCUGAGUGA